AUGAAGAAAAAAUAUCAAGGCACAUCGAAGGUCAAGCGCUCCCAACUCCAAGCACUUCGUCGAGAAUUCGAGACCCUACAAAUGAAAUCUGGUGAGAGUGCUUCAGAUUAUUUUUCGAGGACAAUGGCGAUUGCAAAUAAGAUACGGAUCCAUAGUGACCAGACGCAAGAUGUUAUCAUCGUGGAAAAGAUUCUUCGCUCCAUGACUAUGAAAUUUGAUUAUAUAGUUUGUUCAAUUGAGGAGUCCAAGGACAUUGAUGAACUAUCGGUUGAUGAGUUGCAGAGUUCAUUGCAGGUCCAUGAGCAAAAACUUAACCGUAGUACCACAGAGGAGCAAGCGUUGAAGGUCUUAACCGAUGGUGAAUCUUCAGCAACAAGAGGAUCCGGCCGUGGUUGA